UCUUCCAGCCAGAGCAGCCCCACGACCUCGGCCGAGUCAACCACGGGAACCUCCUCCUCGCCCAGGGAGAGCAGCCCCAUGACCUCAGCCGAGUCCACCACGGGAACCUCCACCUCUUCCAGCCAGAGCAGCCCCACGACCUCGGCCGAGUCAACCACGGGAACCUCCUCCUCGCCCAGGGAGAGCAGCCCCAUGACCUCAGCCGAGUCCACCACGGGAACCUCCACCUCUUCCAGCCAGAGCAGCCCCACGACCUCGGCCGAGUCAACCACGGGAACCGCCGAGUCCACCACGGGAACCUCCACCUCUUCCAGCCAGAGCAGCCCCACGACCUCGGCCGAGUCAACCACGUCAGCCGAGUCCACCACGGGAACCUCCACCUCUUCCAGCCAGAGCAGCCCCACGACCGCCGAGUCCACCACGGGAACCUCCACCUCUUCCAGCCAGAGCAGCCCCACGACCUCGGCCGAGUCAACCACGGGAUCCUCGCCCAGGGAGAGCAGCCCCAUGACCUCAGCCGAGUCCACCACGGGAACCUCCACCUCUUCCAGCCAGAGCAGCCCCACGACCUCGGCCGAGUCAACCACGUCCUCGCCCAGGGAGAGCAGCCCCAUGACCUCAGCCGAGUCCACCACGGGAACCUCCACCUCUGGAACCUCCACCUCUUCCAGCCAGAGCAGCCCCACGACCUCGGCCGAGUCAACCACGGGAACCGAGUCCACCACGGGAACCUCCACCUCUUCCAGCCAGAGCAGCCCCACGACCUCGGCCGAGUCAACCACGGGAACCUCCUCCUCGCCCAGGGAGAGCAGCCCCAUGACCUCAGCCGAGUCCACCACGGGAACCUCCACCUCUUCCAGCCAGAGCAGCCCCACGACCUCGGCCGAGUCAACCACGGGAACCUCCUCCUCGCCCAGGGAGAGCAGCCCCAUGACCUCAGCCGAGUCCACCACGGGAACCUCCACCUCUUCCAGCCAGAGCAGCCCCACGACCUCGGCCGAGUCAACCACGGGAACC